AUGACUGUUCCUGAAUUAAACACUUCCACAAUGCGGCCCCGUGCUGCGACUGCGACUUUGCCUGCGACAUCACAGUCGUCGACCCCCCGCCAGCCGGGUCUCGGUCAUACCUCGGUUCUUGCACCGGGGAGUCCACCAUUGGGUGCGGGGGAAUAUGGCAUGACAAGCACCGCCCAGGGACCUUUGCGUCACCCACAACCGCUGACGCCUUCGGACCUUCAUCUAGUGCUUGAGAAGGAACAGGAAGCGAUGGUGAAUCGGUUGACCCGAGAACUUUCCCUCCUCCGCCAGCAAACAGCGUCCGUGGCUUCUACGGCAUCUUCUACAUCCAACUUCAAUGAGCCAGACGGCGCACGAGCAUCCCCUACUCUCAGCAACUCAGCCCGCUCUCAGUCCGCGCGACGAAACCGAUCAAACUCCAGUCUCAGUUCACACGCCUCAGCAUCCCAGGGCCCGCAGGCAGGAAGUGUUACGGGCAUCGCACCUUCACGGGAGACAAGCCACCCAUCUCGGGCAGAUCACUCACGCACCGUGCGCAGCCGCGAGCCAUCGCUCACCUCUCGCCGACCUUCAAUUGGAUCGUUAUCAACAUUCUCCCAUAGCAGCAGCAGUGUGUAUCCACACCGCAAUUCAGUUUCACAGAGCCAUCUGGGCUAUUCACCGGGAGCUUCGUUUUCGCGAUUUGAGGAGGCAACACAUCACCGGUUGGAGCUCGAGCAGACCAAGCGAGAGAACGAACAGCUCAGGAAGCGUGUGCGUGAGCUGGAACAGACCUUGAAGAAGCAAACGGAGGCAGUGCCUUCUCCAUCGACCGAGGCUCCUGGCAUCGAUGUCUGA